CACUGAUGAUUUCGCACCGGCACUACAGCGUUUCGAUGAAGAAUCCCCAAAACAUGAAAAUGGCGGCGGCCCUAGCACUACGAGUGAUUCUACUAAAUAUACUAAUCAAGAAUCUGAUAACAGCGAAGACUCCGGGACAGUUAUCUGGGUCGUAACUGGCGGGAUGGGGAUAGUGGGAUGUGUUGUCGGCAUAAUAGGCACUUUGUAUGGCUGUCGUCGAGGUUAUUGCCGACGACUUUGCAGACAAACCUGGAGACAAUUCCGAAAUGGAAAGGCGAUCAUCAACAUAGAUCCUGGGCCAAUAAGCGUUGAAGGACAGUCGUUGAGCUUAGUAAGCGUCGCACACGACCCAACACAUGACUACCUACAUGUACUUAAUGACGACUACGAUGAGAUAACGUUUGAUAGUACGUUGGAAGUAAGUCAGUCCACAGAAGACAACAACAUUUAUCAUGAAAUCAACCACAUCGGCAUUACCCAGCGUGGGGAGACACAUCUGUACGAUGGGUCAUUGGAUCCGAGCUUUAUUUCUUCCGAACCGUCUUAUGUAGUAGGCCGAAUAGCCGAGAGGAGUGGCGCUCCAGUUGCGGUACAAUUUGCAGUGGCUGAACAACCGGAGAAUGUCGGUCAAGGCGAGAAUAAUUUUGCAGUUGCCGACCAGCUGGUAAAUGCCGGUAACGUGGAGGUAUAUUCUGCAGCGGCACCUGAUCUUCCAAACGACGAUUUAAGAAGAAAAAAUAACGCAGUCGUCGAAGAGUUUGUAAAUGACGCUACAUGGGAGACAAAUAACGCAAUAUCCGAGGAGUUCGUUAAUGAUGGCGCUAGACAGGAAACAAAUAACGCAACAUCUGAAGAGCAAGUGAGAGUGAAUAACGCUGCAGGAGAGACUAUUCCGAAUUAACCGAAGUGCUGAUCAAAUUAACUGUAAGGGGGGACGAUAACGCAAAAGCAGAUGAACUGGUAACUGACGCGUUAGGGGUGACACAUAACGCAACGGCUGAAUAAACGAUCUGCUUGUUGACAUUCUAAUCAAGAGAAAAGCCAUGUAAGUUUACUUAAACAUAUUAAUCAAUUCUAGAAAUUGUUAAUCUCAAUGGUCACGAAGUAUUAUUAAGCAAUUGGUCAGUACAAGAACAAAGAUUCCAAUGAAAAAACGCAAAAUUCAAUCCUAAUAUCAUAGUUCAGGUAAAAAAAUCAUUUGUAUACUGUACGUUUUGUAUUUCACAUUCAAAUAAAUACAAAAUGUAUUAACACAAACAUUAUAAAUUAUAUCGCUUGUCGCAUAU